AUGGCAAGGGAAGACAAUUCCAAGGUAGAGCAACUUAAAUCCCAUUAUUCUUCCAGGAUCUUGAAUCCUCAUUCCUUUUGUCUGGAGAUGCUGUUACAGAGACCGAAGGGCAUCAGAUCCGAUGAGGAUGAGGAUGACACGUUUGCCAGCAUCCUGAAUGCAGUGGGGGAGUUUGGCACAUUCCAGCGGAGGCUGGUGGCCCUCACCUUCAUCCCCAACAUCCUGUUAAGCUUCUUCAUGUUUGCUGACUCCUUCGUGUUCACAGCCCAGAAGGCCUAUUGCAACACCAGCUGGAUCCUGGCAAUGGACUCUAACUUGUCAGAGGCUGAGCAGCUGAAUUUGACCAUCCCCCAAGACUCCAAUGGCAGCUUCCUGACAUGUCUCAUGUACUCACCUGUGGACUGGGAUCUAGAGUCCAUCAUCAAACUUGGCCUCAACCACACAGAGAUGUGCCAAAAUGAGUGGCUCUAUCCUGAGUCUGAGAGGCGAUCACUGACAGAUGAGUUUGACCUGGUGUGUGGCAAGGAACUGAACUGGGAACUGAUAGUGGCUGUGUACAUGGCGGGCCUCCUGAUAGGAUCUAUUAUCUUCGGGUUCAUAGGUGACAAGCUGGGCCGCUACCCCGCCAUCCUAUUGUCGCUGCUGGGGCUGUUCAUCUUCGGCUUUGGGACAGCCUUCGUAAACAGCUUGCAAGUCUAUCUGCUCUUCCGCUUCGUUGUUUCCCAGGCGGUGGCGGGCUACAUCAUCAGCAGCAUGUCUUUAGUCACUGAGUGGCUAGUAGGUGAGCACCGGGCCCGCGCUGUCAUCCUGUCACACUGCUAUUUCUCCAUUGGGAUCCUGUUCCUGUUGGGGCUUGCCUACAUCCUUCCCCACUGGCGGCUGCUGUUUCUGCUUGGUGGGGCACCUGUGCUCUCCGUCAUUCCCUAUAUCUGGAUUCUUCCAGAGUCUCCACGGUGGCUGAUGGUGAGAGGGAAGGUGGAGGAGGCCAAGCAGGUAUUGCGCUAUGCUGCUUCCGUGAACAAGAAGGUCAUUCCUUUAGAUCUGCUGAACAAGCUGGAGCUGUCUGGAAAGAAGGAGAGUAAGACCUGUGUCCUGGACUCCUAUAGCAAUAUGUACCUCUGCAAGGUGACCUUGAUAAUAGGCUGCAUGUGGUUUACUGUCACUUACAGCUAUUUAACACUGAGCAUCAAGGUGAAGGAUUUUGGCAUGAGUCACUAUGCCAGACAGAUGAUUCCUAGCCUCUUGGAGAUGCCUGUCCGGCUGUUUUGCAUAUUGCUCGUGGAGCAUAUUGGAAGGAAGUGGACCCUGGCUCUGACUCUCUUCCAAGCCUCCCUUGUGUGCCUGUGUAUCCUUCUCCUCCCUGAAGGUGGUAAUGGGCCCAGACUCAAGUGGCCUGUGUUGGCUGUCACAGAGUUGAAAUUGACGGUGACCUUGGUGACCCUGACUGGAGAGUUCAGCCUGGCCAGCUCAAUCACCCUGCUCCUCAUCUACACUGCUGAACUCUUACCCACUGUCCUCAGGUCGACAGGUCUGGGGCUGGUGUCUCUGGCCUUGGUGACUGGAGCCAUCUUGUCUCUGAUGACCUUACUCAUCAAGCAGAACUACUCCAUCCUGUCCGUCUGUCUGUCUUUCUGCUCGGCUGCCCUAGCCUUGUACCUCUGCUGCCAGCUGCCAGAAAUGCAAGAUCAGUCCCUCGUUGACACUAUAGAACACUUGUCCUCACAGCUAAGAUCCUCUUAA